AUGCCACGCAGGCCACAACAUCACGACACAAAGGCCACACAGGCUCCACACAACGACACAAGGCCCACACAGUAUGCCACAAAAGCUCCACUCAACGACACAAAGCCCACACAGUAUGCCACACAGGCUCCACACAACGGCACAAAGCCCACACAGGCUCCACUCAACGACACAAAGCCCACACAGGCUUCCCACAACGGCACAAAGCCCACACAGUAUGCCACACAGGCUCCCCACAACGGCACAAAGCCCACACAAUAUGCCACACAGGCUCCACACAACGACACAAAGCCCACACAGUAUGCCACACAGGCUCCACACAACGGCACAAGGCCCACACAGUAUGCCACACAUGCUCCACUCAACGCUCAUCGUCCCCUACAGGCUAGGAUUCUGAAUACCACUCCCCAAUAUUAA